AUGAGCUCGAUCCCUAGCGGACUCCGUCCUCCGCGACCGCCCUUGGAUCCCAAGGUCUUGCUCGCUGCCGUUUGGGCGGUGGCACUCGUCUCCCCGCACCAUGGGGCCGCCUCCUAUAUAGCGUCGCCACCUCCUCACAAAGCUAUGGUGCCGGCGGUCUAUGCUUUCGGAGACUCGAUCGUGGACCCAGGAAACAACAACAGGCUGGCAACCGUGGCCAAGAGCAACUUCCCGCCCUAUGGUCAGGAUCUCAACCCGAGCGUGCCGAUGGGGCGGUUCAGCAACGGUCGAGUCCCUUCGGACAUGUUGGCUGAGAAAUUGGGAGUUAAGAAGCUCUUGCCAACUUAUCUGAAUCCAAAUUUGGAGCUCCAAGACAUCCUCACCAAUGUGAGCUUUCCCUCCGGAGCCAACGGAUAUGAUCCUCUCUCUGCCGAAUUAGCGAUGGUACUAUCCUUGUCGGAUCAAUUGGGUUUCUACUCCGAGUGCAUGGAAACCGUACGUUCGGAGGUCGGGGAGGAGAGAGCAUCGGCCAUCGCGUCCAAGAGCUUGUACAUAGUGUGCACUGGCGCUAAUGACAUAACCAACACUUACUUCGCAUCGCCAUUGAGAAGAUCCAAGUACAACAUCUAG